AUGGCUUUUCUUGGAAUGAAAAUCUUUUUGUCCUGUGUUUUUCUGAUAUACGUCAACGUGGAAGCGGCCCCAUCGCCACAGGUAAAACAAGUGCAAAAGCUUUCAUAAUUUUCUGAAGCUCAAUGGUGAAGCGUCAGAUUGCGAAAACAGAACCUCUUUGGAGGUCUAACCUCUUAACCUCUUUGGAGGUCUAACCUCUUUGGAGGUUAGAUAUUUUUUUGUCCCUCACUCGUGAGAAUUAAAUACUGAUAUAUUUUUUUUAUUGACGAUCACCAGCUUUCAUUUCAUCACCUUUCUUUAAAAAUUUAUGUCCUUCAUUCCCCUCAGUAAUAGGACGUGCACUCUUGAUUUCAGGCCGAUUGCUAUCUGUUUCGACCAUUCUAUCACAGACGAUUUUUGCCAUCUGUCAUAAUCAGGUUCUACAUUUUUGCACUUGUUUCAAAAAUAAAUGACUAGUCAAAAUCUUUUUCACAAGAGAAAUUGAAAAUUGGAGCCAUGAGUCGUAGACAUCCUAUAAAAUGUUAAACUCUAGUCUUUAGAAAAUUGAGAUGUAGUGAAGUACCCGAAAAUUUGGGUUAGAAAGUUUCAUAUUCUACUGUAUAAAACUGAUACUCGCCUUUUUUUAUCUUAUUGUCGUUCCAUUGUCAGCCUCUGGCUCACAUCGAGGCCAACGAGAAAAAAGGAAUUCCCUAUGGCGUUGGGCAAGAUUGUUUCAAUUUUUUCUCGUUGGGCUUUCUCAGUUUUACUAAUAGUCAACUUAAAAAUUUCCUUACAGCGAUUAAAGACUGGAAUGUGGGAAAUGUGCACAGCCGUCUCCGGGGCGGCAUGAAAUACGGUCAUGGAUGUCUGGUUGUACCUAAAGAUGGAGGGUACUAUGCCUACGCACAACUCUACUUUCACCGCUACGGGAGAGUGGUGAUUCGCAAGAAUCAGUACGAAGUUUUCACCAUGCUUCAACAUCCCCACAACGUGCCGGAAGGACCCCACUAUACAGAGGGAGUGUUUUAUCUAAAGGCUGGUGACAGCAUAUCGUUGAAAACCGCGAUAUCUACCACACUUUACAUGUCGACUGCUCGCUCUUACUUUGGAGUGUUCCUGCUUAAGUGA